AUGGUGGAGGGAAGAGGGGCUCGGCAAAUCUUACGGAUCCCGUGGGAGAGAGGAUCGAGAUCUCAGUGUUUCGGACUAAUUGGAACUCUGGAUUCGAAAGAUGCGAUUAAGGAAAGGAGGCAACUCCGAUCUGAUACAGGGCAAGAAGGAAAGUGGGAGACCGAAUCGGAUCUCUGUGAAUCGUAUCUCGUGGCCCUACAAACGGGAUUACGAGGGAGUUCGUGCACAGAGGAGAAUACGGAAGGUUGUGGAAAAAAAGGAAUUAGUAAUAUUAAGAUGGAGACCUCUGCAAUGAAGUUUCCAUGCCGAUUAUGGGUAAACGAUUCAUUCACUGAUCUUUGGAGCUUUUUCUCAAGAUUUUACGGAGAUUUUUCGGAAAUUAGUGUGAUUACGAAUGGUGAUUUGGUGGGAUAUGAUGGAUUCGUAGUAAUUACGCUGGAGCAGUAUAAAGAGAUAGCUACAGGACGGAUUAUAGUUCAUUGUCUUUCUCGUGCUUUUCUGAGUGUUUUCUUUAUUGUUUUGUGUGAUUUCCUGGUUGUGCUAGUCACAAGUUUCUGGCUCUUUGUUGUUGUGCAAGGUUCCAAGAUGACUCAAGGGAAGCUUGUUGGUAAUGGAUCCUCCAACCAAGGUGACAAGAAACCAGUGAAUCGCUUGAAGGUUACGGUGCCCCGUUUUGACAAUACGGCUCUCAUCCAGGGCUACUCAAGAACUCUGAUUGGAAGGUGUAUGAAUCCGGUGGCGCAGGAUGUGCAGGCGCUUUUGCAUCACAUGCCUCGCUUCUGGAAGAUGGAGGAAAGGGUGGAGGGAGCGGAUUUGGGAAUGGGGAGGUUUCAAUUUGAUUUCGACAAAGAGGAGGAUAUCGUGGAGGUUUUCAAGCUUGAGCCCUUCCAUUUCGACUACUGGAUGAUAUCUUUGGUGCGGUGGGAACCGGUGGUGGACCCGACGUACCCGUCGGCAAUAAAGUUUUGGGUCCGGAUGAUGGGAAUUCCAUUGCAUUUCUGGGCAGAACCAACGUUUCGAAGCAUCGGAGAAGCCAUUGGUGAGGUAAUCGAGGUGGAUAUUGAUGGGGGUCGUGUUCGAGUGUGUCUUGAUGGGUACAAGCCCCUGAUUUUUGAGACAACGGUCGAGUUUUACGGUGGAGAUGAGACGGUGGUUACGCUUCGGUACGAACGGCUUUUUGGUGUCUGUCGGGAGUGCUCUAGCCUCUGUCAUGACGUCACUCAGUGUCCAGUGAUCCAGAGAGCUAGAGAGGAACGGGAAAAUCAAAAGCGGCGAGACGAGAAACCGGAUGGCGGAGCAAUGAGUUACAAAGGGGUGGUCAUUAACGGGCCCGGAGGAGAAAAUGGUCCGGUGAGACAACAUUGUCGGAGACCCGAAAGGCAAAGCCAAGGCCGUGGAGCAGCGUGA